AUGUCUAAUUCUGUUGGUGAUUGUGUUAAUCAAAUUGUCACCGAAACUUAAGUAACUGUUAUUGGACAACAAUCAACAAUCACAUUGAAAUGGGAAAACAACAAACAUUGUGAUUUGAUUUUCUAAUGUGUAUUAACUAAUUUGAUGAUCAAAUUCAGGGAAAAAUCAUUAAUUUUAAUCUUUAUCUGUUUUCUAAUUGUAGUGAUUUAACUGUUUUAUUGGUUUGUUCCGGUUUUGGACUUUGUCGUUUGAAUGAGAAAAUUUUUUCCAUUCACCCGCCGUAAAGGCUCAGCUGAUACUCGGAUUAAAGGUGCUGGUGGUGGCGGAGAUGAUGGCGGAGGAUCAAGAAGUGGAAGGCAUGAUGUUAAUCGUCACUCAAUUGGUUCCUAUUCAAGUGUAUCCAAUCGUUCAAUGGUAAUCCAGUUAAUCCGUGGCGCUUAUAACAUUGACUUAGCAAAGGUUGAUCAAAGUUUCACUAAGCUUCAUAAAUCCUGCUUUCUAAAUCAAGAUUUAAAUAAGAUAAGAAAAUAUCUUAAACAAGGAGCUAAUCCCAAUCAAUUGGAUAAUGUUAGUCGAUCAUCACCUUUACACUUGGCAACCGUUAACGGGAAUCUAAAUAUUAUCCGUUUAUUGAUUGAAAAUGGUGGUAAUAUUGAUCUAACUGAUGGAGAUGGUAAAACACUAGCAAUUAAGGCGGUUGAAUGUUUCCAUAAAGACUGUUUACAAUUUUUAAUCCUUCAAGGUGCUAAUCUUAAUCUAAGUGAUAAUCUAACGGGAAAUACGGUUUUACAUUGGUCAAUUGUUAACAAUUUUACUGAUGGAUUAAGACUUUGUUUGGCCUACGCUGGUCGAGUGGACGUUAAUCGGAAAAAUAAAUCAGGUGAAUCAGCUCUUCAUCUGUUGGUCAAAUAUCCUGAUCUUCACGAGUACAUUGGAGAUCUACUGGACAAAGGUGCCGAGAUUGAUUUGAGAAAUAACCUUCAACAAACUCCCUUAAUGAUGACCUGUGAAUACGGUUACCUUGAAGCGGCUCGAAUGCUAAUCAAUAGAGGAUCUUACAUUUAUCAUCAAGAUGAGUCCGGUUUUACCGCUCUGGGAAUCGCCAAGAGAAAUGGUCAUCUCGCUUUAAGUAAAUAUCUAACGGAUUUGGGAGGAGUUGAUCAACUUACUAGGCCAGAAUCAGAGGUGACCCCAAAUGAGACUAAAACAACGGCUAUUGAUUCUUGGCCUUCGACUGAAGAGGAAGAUGAAGAUGAAAUCAUCUCAAAAACUCGUAAAUUUGAUCCAAUUAUUCAACAAUUAAAAUCACUUCAAGGAGGAGGAGGAGGUCUAAUUGUUACUAGUGGAAAUAAAAAAAGUGAUAAAGUGUUACAAUCAAGUGAAUCAAAUCAACAGCAAAAAGAAAACAAUCAACAAUCAACUGAUCAGUUAAAAUCUUCCCUUGACCAGCAAUCUAAUUAUGAGAUGAAUAAUCGGAAAGGACAAUCAACUGGUUCUAAUACAAAUUCAACAGUUAACCCAACAGUUAAACCUGCAACAUCAAUUGAAAGUAACGGUCAAGAAAUAUUGGGAACCUUUUUCCUUAAUAAUAUUUCCGAUGAUGAGAGUGAUGAUGAUGGUAAAUCAAUUGAUGAGAUUGAAAGAGAUGUGAAAAAGAUGAAAGAUAAAGAAUCAAGAGGAGGCAAAAUGGAUGAUGGUGAUGAAGAUAAUGAUCGAAAUAGUGAAUAUAAGCGAAAAGAGAGAGAAGUUAAAAAAGAUCUAAAGUCCAGUGAAGUAGAAAAAAAGAAAAAUCCAUUGGUCAAGGAAGAGAAAACUUUUUCAUCUUCUUCAUCGACUCAUCAACCUGAACAUGGAACUUUUUCCUUCUCAUUAACACCUAUAAGAGAAGAAGCAAUUUCAUCAUCAACAUCAUCAUCUUUAUCGCCAUCAAUGGAUAAAAAAUCAAAUGUACCAACCAAUUUGAUGACUAGUCAAUCAUCAUCAUCAUCACCACCUCUUCCUCCACCACCACCAGUAAACUUUUCACCUCCAUCAUCAUCGCCGCCACUAUUACCUCCUCCUCCACCUCCUCCACCACCUCCACCACCAUCAAUAUCAUUCACCUCGUCAUCUUUAUCUUCAUUAUCAUCAUUUCCACCACCAGCAUUACCUCCUAGACCUUCAGCAAGCAAGUUAACCAUUGACACUUUGAGAGGUAAAGAUAAAUCAAUUGAAUUACAACGAUCAUCAAUUGAAGUUCAAACUGAAUUGGACGAGUUAUCACCUCGAUUCACAGAAUUGGAACAUUUAAGAAUUGAAAGUGAAAAGAGGGUUAAAUCACUUGAAAUUGAAUUGAGUAAACAAUCAAGGGAAGCAGAUGAGCGUCGUAAUCAAUUGAUAGAGGAAAUUAAUUGUAUGGAAAGAGAAAGAAAAUUAUUGGAAUCAAGGUUGGAAGAGAUGAAAGAAUCACGAGAAAAGUUGAUUGUUGAGAAAAAAGUUCUAAUAUUGAAUGAAGCUAAAUUACAGAAACAAUUGGAAUCCCAUGAGGAAUGUAAAUGCCCCCAAUUGAAAGAGGAAUUGAAACAAGUUAAAGAAUCAGUUAAAUCUCAUCGGAAUCAUUGUAAUGAUGAAUUUAUUCGGAAACUUCAUGAUCUGAAUGAUGAAUGUAAUGAUUUAAGGCGAGAAUUAUCUGCUGAACAAACAGCCCUGAAAGAUGAGAUAAGUCAAUUGGAGAAAGAUAAAGAAUUGUUCAAACUGGAGAAUCAAUGGUUAAAGGAUAAAUUAGAUGAGAUGAGGAUCGAGAUGAGAAAACAUUUUCUUCUGUCCAGUGAUGACAAUAAGGAGCCAACUGACCAGCAUGACCAUUCUCAGCAUCAUCAUCACCUUCAACCAGGAAGCAAAGAAUCGAGAAUAAUAUCAAAAAGAAAGAAAAGAAAACAAGGAAAAGAGGAAACUGAUUAUAAUGAUGAUGGCAAAGAAGAAGAUGAUGAUGAUGAUGAUGGAGAUGAUGAUGAUCUUGGUGAUAAUGAUACAAUUGAAAAUGAAACUCUUGAAUCAAUGAGGAAAACAAUGGUUACUGUUGAAUCACUUUUACGGAAAUUGGAUGAUAAAAUAUCAACUCUCAAUUUGGAAGAUCAGAAAAAAUUAAUGGAAAAGAUUAUCGUUGAAAUUGCGAAAACUCAAAUUAAUCUACAAGUAGAAAGUAUGUUUAAAGGUAUUCGAUCAUUGCUUGAGGAUCUUCAUCGACAAUUAAUCUCAUUCCAAUCAACAAUUGAUCAGCAACAAUCUAACAAUCAGGUAAAGCAACAAACAAAUGAUGAGGAUGAAAUGAUGAAGAUGAAAAGUAGUGAUGAUGAUAAAUUAUCAGAAUUGGAUCUUGAUCAUGAUGAGAAUCAUGAAAAUGGUGGAGGAGGAGGUAAAGAAAAUAAAGAGAAACAAUUAAAAGAUGAUUCAUCUAAUUGUUCACCAACAACAAAGAAAAUAAUUGCCAAUGGUUUUUCAGUCUUCGAAUCACGUAUAUCACAAUUAACUUCAUCAAUUGAGAAAUUAGAAGAUAAUAUUGAACGUCAAGAAUUAAAUAUGCUAAUUCAAGCUCGUGGCUCCAUUUGGUCAACAUUAACUGACCCAACGGGAAUGGUGAUGGACAGUGGUCAUUAUCGUCGUGAUGUCAACAACAAUUCAAUAUUGAUUAAUUAUGUCAAUCGGAAUGAAGUUAAUCAAUUAGCUCAAAGGAAACCACAAAGUAUUUUUGUCCAAAGUUUAAUGAGAUUACAAUCAAGUAAACCCAUUGAUGGUAAAUCUAAUUAUCUUAAAUUAAUCAAUGGAAAUACCAAAGAUUAUGAACCAUCAUUUGAUUUUAAUUACACUAAAAAUAAUCUAUCCAAACAAAUUGAUUCUUUAAAAAGUGAGUUAGGUUUGAGUCGUUAACAAUCAACGACAAUCAAAUGCCAACCACAACCAGAUUACAAUUAACUAAUCAUCUAAUUUUUACCUCCAAUUUUACUUAAUUAAUUGUUCUAGGAACUAUUUUUUUCUUCUUCUUUUUUAAUGGUCUUUUGUUAAUCAGUCAUAUUUUUUU